UUUUUAAAGAUGGCGGUGGCUUUCUGCGUAAGGAACUGACGGCGUCGUUUACAAAAAUCUGGGAACUAGAGAGUGUACCAACGACAUGGAAUGAGUCGAUAGUUGUCCCUAUCUUUAAAAAGGGUUCACGUAGUCCCUGUAGCAACUAUCGGGAGAUAGGUCUACUUCCGAUUGCGUCCAAGCUAUUGGCUUCCGUCAUACUUCGUAGGUUGUUCAAAACCCGAGAAAGAUUGACUCGCGGGGAGCAGGCUGGGUUUCGUUCUGGCCGAGGAUGUAUUGAUCAUAUCUUCACCCUCCGCCAAAUGUUAGAACACCGUCAUACUUAUCAAAGGCCAACAAUCUUAGUGUUUCUUGACAUUAGGGCUGCCUUCGAUUCGUUGAACAGGACUGUUCUCUGGGAUUGUCUAUUGAAGAAGGGUGUGCCUGAGGAGUUUAUUAACAUCCUAAAAGCCCUAUAUACAAAUACCUCAGGCAGAGUGAGGGCAUACAACCACCUCUCUCUAUUGUUCCAUUCGAGCAGUGGGGUUAGGCAGGGUUGCCCAAUCUCACCAUUCCUCUUCAACUUUGCCAUCGAUGACAUACUGGAAACAGCUCUGAUGGAUGUAAGUAAUGGCUAUGUGGAUCUGUUGCCUGGAGAAGUUCUCGACAUUGAGUAUGUGGAUGAUAUUGUCUUACUGUGCGAUAAUGCCCAAGCAAUACAAUCUGCACUUAAUCAGUUGGUAAUCAGUGUCCGUAGGUAUGGUAUGUGCUUUGCACCUUCGACGUGCAAAGUACUUCUACAAGACUGACAGGACUCUAAUCCUGUACUCACUCUGGAUGGUGAGCAGAUAGAAGUAGUCGAGAAGUUCGUGUAUCUGGGUAGCUGCAUAAGUGCUGGUGGGGGUGUGAGUGAUGAGAUCAAUGCACGUAUAGUGAAAGCCAGAGCGGCUUAUGCCAAUCUGGGCCAUCUUUGGUGCCUUCGUGAUGUUAGUCUGGCUGUAAAUGUUCGGAUCUACAACGCGUCGGUGAGAGCAGUUUUGCACUAUGUUUGUGAAACCUGGCCUCUCCGAGUUGAGGAUGUUAGACGACUCUUUGUGUUUGUUCAUCGUUGUCUCCAACGGAUUGCUGACAUCCAGUGGCAACACCAUGUUAGUAACGCAUAGGUUCGGCAUCGUGUGUUCGAGCACAGAGACGAUAAUGCAAUUGGUGUCACCAUCUUAAAACACCGACUUCGGUGUCUUGGACAUGUUCUACGAACGUUGCUUCAGAGAAUUCCACGUCGUGCGUUAUUUGCCGACUCUGGGACUGGUUGGAAAAAGCGGAGAGGUGGUCAGUGUAUGAUAUGGUUUCUGGGUAUGAAAGAAAGCUGCAAAGGACUGGCUUCUGUCGGUCCUUCACGACUCCCUGUCUGGGGUCAGAGAAAUGGUGCAACACAGUGGCUAGAGACGUUGUCAGAUACGGUUAAGAACAGAAGGCAGUGGCGAUCCUGCUGUAACCUUCUUUUACUUUCUUCAUAAAAAGUGGUUGUAACUUCCUUAACUGAAAGAUUUCUUCUGAUUGUACCUUUCCGUUUCCCCCAUUACUAUUAUUAUUAUUAUUACACUACCUUACACUAAUCUGUUCGUUACUUUGUUUUACGCUCCUUACCUUUUUUUUCUCUUCGAUUUCUCGUUGUUUUGUGUGGCGCAUAUAUAUUUUGUGCCCUCUUGUACCAAUAUUUGGGUGUUCAAAUAAAAUAAAAUAAGUCUUUAAAACAAUUUAGGACUAAAAAUAUAAAACAUUAUCUAUGUCAGCCUAGUGUUUACAAAUCAAUAACUUCUAUUUUUUUUGUUAUGCUGAAAUGAACUUGCUUUUUUAAAUAUUAGUUACAUUAAGGUAAUCAAUUUACGCUUAUAUUUCAACUUUCUAUUUUUAAAUAAACUAAAUUAUAUUUUAAGUGUAUUUUUAUAUAUAUUCCAGUGACAGAGUUAGGCCUUGAACUUAAUACAAGUUCAUAGUACAAUACAAAAUUUUAUAGAUUGGAACAAAAAGCAGGAAAGAUCAUUAUUAUAAAAAAAAUUAGUUGUAACAAAUAGUCAUUGUUUUCUAGACACAAACGAUGAUUACAAUUAUUUUUCCUCAGUAUGUGUAUGUGCAACAAGUUCUACAUACACAGGUAUAUGACUUCAUUGGGUUGAUAGCUUAGAAUUCGGGUUGAAAAUUCAUUAUACAUUAAUUAUCAAUAAAACCGAUUAUAUAAGGUAGCUCUGCUGAAGGUAUGCAUUGCCGAAUAAAACCCGUAAAAAUUUAUUUGCCUUGAAAUCUGUCAAACUUGUGUAAACAUUUCACUUAGGAAUAUUACAAAAUGGUUAGGGAACUUUUACUUUUAAACACUCAAAUGAACUCGUAUGUUAUAGCUUUUGUAACUAUCAACUGGUCCGUCAUCCUGACCUUUCAUAGUGAUAUCGAGGAAAACUUCCCGUUGAAAUUAUAUUUCUCGUCAUUUAAAUUUGUGAGGUUUUCGUUUUAGUGUAUUUUAUUGUAGAGCGUAGGUUAGUCCGGAACGUUUAUAUUUAUUAUAUAUGGGACUCAGUUGAUCAUGUUUUUACCGGUUACGUAAUAGAUGAAUAGUGAUAAUUAGGAAACAAAUAUGAUUAUGUGUAAUUGAAUUGAUGCUAUGACAUUUGAUUCAGUAGUAACAUGUGUAAAAAGAUAACUGAUUUGUAUCUAGAUAUGUAGAUAUUAAGUUAAAUUCUUGAUUAUUAUCAACAGUGUUUUUUACUGAGCAGCACGUGCCAAUCAUAAAAAUUUCUGAUUUAUUUUCUUGAAUAAUUCCUCAUGAUAUCAAAUUAUCCGAACUGUUGUUGCAUACGCUCCGACCGACUGCAGCCUGGAUGAAGUAAAAAUGGAUUUUAAAUAAAGCUUUCUGAACUUCAUAAAGCUGAACACUCAGACAUAGUACUAGUAGCAGGUGACUUUAAUGCUCAAGUAGGUAGCUUGAACCAAACAGAAAGACAUUUAGGUGGGUAUUUCGGUAUUCCGGCUUAGCGAACAGAUAAUGGUGACCAUCUGCUGCAACUGUACUCAGACAAUCGUUUAUUUUUAGCGGAUACUAAUUUUAAGCAUAAGAAGAGGCAUCGUCUUACAUGGUGACCCCUUGCAUCGAUGGACUUAAGCAUACCAUAUUUUCAUCAGUCAUCGUUGGAGAGGGUCGAUAGAAGACUGUCGCUCGUUCUGGAAUACAUAUUUAGACUCUGGUCAAGCUCUGAUACGGGUACGCAUUUGCUUGCGCCUCACUAGACGCAGAAGAGCCAAGUUAAGACGACCCAUUAGAGUUGAACUCAGUGAUGAGAAGUGUUAUAACUUGCAGUUUCGUGCCUUUGGUUCUUUGUUUUUCAUCCCGUCGCCAAUUAUUAUAACUUGUGGGUUUGUGCCCCCAUCAAUGUAUAAUGUAAUGAUACCGCCAAUUAGUUAACACUAAUUUAUCAACCGGCCCAAUAACGCAUAAUACCCAUACCAGCAGUCUAGAGUCCUUAUCGGUCCUGCUUCCUGUCUAGCCCAGUCUGUUAAUUUCAGAACACAGAUCUCAGCCUCUGCGAUAUGAAUAAUUUAUUCCAAACAUACUGAGUUUAUAUACCAACUUAACAGACCACAUCGUACCAUAAAAUAGGAAAUAACAUUUGUACAAGAUUUGGCCAAUUGUGGCUGUGAAUGUGGGAAAUAGUAACUGAUAGACAGGAUAUAACUCAGGAAUGGGCCACAUGUUACGUAUGCCUGAACACAUUAUCACGACGCACAAUGCUGACUAGUGUUGGAGACGGCUGGAAGAAAGUUGGCGCCUGGUAUUUACAGACGAUAAAGAGUUGUCCGUGUUAGGUGUUUAAGGAAGUCCAAACUAGUAGUUCUCUUCAUAAUCAAAACUUAUGGUUAUAUAUAAAAAAUAUCCACUUAAUCGAAACUCGUGUCGUAAAUUAAAGUUAGGUUUUUAGUAUAAAAAUAGGGAUUACAAACAAGCUAAUUUUCAUGUCUGAUUGUCAUAAAACUUUUAUAUUUAUGGUAUAUCAGCAUAUCUUCCAUUUACCGUAUGUACUGUCCGAUUUUUUGUGUAUCUUUGUUUCAACGAAAGCAAAAUCCAGUAAUUGGUGUUAUUGUGUAAUGUCAAAUAUAUUUAAAAGGACUGGAUUUUAGUGCAAACAAAAUUCUUUUAUUUUUUCUGCAUAAUUAUAUGUAUAUCCAUUUUGCUCUUUCUAAUAAAGGAGAUAAAAUGAAGAUAUGUAAAAUAGGAAGUAGAUCAGAAUUCAACUUUGUUCGAUAAUUGGACUAUCAUUUCCGAAUUUUAAUGUGUUUCAUAAUACUUGUUAUUUGAGCGGAGAUUAUUGGUAAUAGAUGUUUAAAAUGGAUAUUUGGAUUUUAGAUUGAAAUUCUAGUGAGAUAUGAUUGUUUCGAAGAUAGUCGGAAUUUUCUGUGAAUUUGAAGUCAGUCGUAAUUAGCUGACAAGCUGGCAAAUAUCGAUUUACCAUAGUUGCCACACCAUAUUAACUCACGGAAGAUGAAAUUAACAAGAUGAACAGUCAAGGAAUCGGAAUAAUCACAGCAUCAAUGUUUGUAGAAAGAUUCUAAUGACUACUUUACUGUGAAAAGUCUUACAUUGUUGUCUUUUGCUUGUUUGUUUAAGUAUACCUUAUGAAUCGAAGUGUUGGCUUCCCAUGAAUAGUUUGAUUAAUAAAAUACCCGAAAGAACACCAAAUUCAUGCAUUUAGUUUCCCUUAUGAAUUUGGGUUAAAGCCAGAACAACUGAAGCAGAAUAAUAUAGAUUCAUUUCAUGUGAAGGCUUUUCCCCCAACUGUUUACAUCUAUAUUCAUACUAAAAUAUGACAUUAAAUAAUAAACGGUGGUGACUGGGAUUUCUGCUAAUAUUCAUCCCGAUUUUUCAGUCACCUAUGUCUAUUGCUCAAUAUAAUGUUAUAUUUCAGUAUAAAUACGGCUGUAAGCAGCCUGUAAAUAUAAUGAAUCCACAUUAUUCUGCCUCACUUUCCCAGACUGCUAAUUGAUUGAUUAUACUGAAUAAUGCAACGUGGCCUCGUAAUAGCCGGUUACAAGACUGAAUUUAUCAAACUGACAUGUUUACUGAUAGGCCUCAACGAUAAUAAAAUUGAAGGACCAAUUAUUCACUCAGUUUUAAUUUCCUUCUUUACCUAAUGAAACUAAACACUUUCUUGAAUGCUAAAGCGUAUGUUAUUAGAAAUUACAAUAUUCAUGGUCUUCCUAUAUAGGUUAUUGAGUAUUAAAUGAUUUGAGUCACCGGUAAUUCAUUUGUCCGUUAGGAUAGUAUACUAAAUAUAUAUAUAUAUAUAUAUAUAUAUAUAUAUAUAUAUAUAUAUAUAAAUGACGAAUCAAAUGUUUCUUCUUCACAAAGUCCAUAUUUUCAUCGUUCCCAAUUUUCUCACAUCAGUCAGUCAGAAAUAACUCAUGAGGCAUCAUAAAUAUGUAUUGCCCCAAGCUGUCACGCUAAAAGUCGAUAGAAAAUUAUUUUUACGCUGCUGACAAUUUUAAAUUUAUCAAAUACUGACUUACCCAUAUGCCUCCCUGUUACCUCUGCUAAUAACAAUGGAUUUUAUUCAUACAUUUUUGACUCAGUUCCUGAAACUUGCUACUCCAUGAAUAGUCUUUUUUUAUAGCUGUAUUUUGGUUGAAUUUAAUCUCUAUUUCGUUUAAGUGAUUAUCAUCUCAGCUUGAAAUUCGCACAGUUACUUAAUUCGCCUCUAUUGUUUUCAGCGUAAAUUGAUAUAAAGGAUGGCAUAUUUUCUCAUUUAACUCUCAGUCUAUGUCCAUGGUUGCGUAAGAAGAAGUAUUGUUUAAUUCCUCAAUCCAUUAUUUGCCACAGUCAAGGCAAUUUAUUUUUUUUUUAAUUAGUGUUAAACUUGUCAGCUUUAACUGUUGCAUCCCUUGGUCUCUAUAGUAGGGAAUGAAGUUUGUGUUAAUUUACUAGCGACAUAGACUAAGUAGAUUCCUAGGUUUUCUUCAAAUCUCGCCUCAUUUUUGUGAUUUACACAGUAAUAUUAACCUGUCAAGAGGUUUGUUUUUGUCUCUAUGAGGCGUAAUUUAUGAGUAUGUGGAACUUCAAAAUGAUCGAUAUUUUGGGUCAUAUUUUCCGACUACAUUUACGUCAAGUACAUUUUUAAAUAUAUUAUCAACAAAUUAAUUCUCAUUUUCUUCAGAGACAAUUGUCACAUGAUUGUGUUUUUUCGCUUCACUUAUUAGCGAAUGUUUUUAGACACUUUUCUCUUAUUUACGUGUACCAUUUUGUUUUCCUUUUAUUUCAGAAUUCCGAUUCACACCUGUCCCUAUAUUUUUAAAUAAUGCUCGAUUCUUCAUCAAGUGAAGAAGAGGAAGGUGUAAGUGGAUUUACAAAUUAUGGAAAUAAAUCCACUGUGUCAAAUGUUGCUGCUUGUAGUAAAGUUCCAGUUCAGUCAAGUGUAGCUCUCACAACUAGUCGGGUACCAGCAGAUAACGUUGGGGGAAGACAACGAGGUGUGCAGCCUAGGUCUUUGCGUACUACUUCUAAUGAUGUUAGCACUACAUAUGGACGCCAAAACUCAGUUUCUUCCCAUCAGAUUGAUAGUACCGAUCGUAGUCAUUCUCCACAUUCUAAACAACGUUAUACGUUAGGAUCAAAAGGUCAAGUAAUUUCUAGUCAACAAGGCCAACCAUCUCGUCAAUGGACAAAUGAAACAUUUUCACGCAGUGGUUACAGUCAAGAGUCUCAACAUCAAACUUACAGCAGCAUGCAAGAAGAUGAUGAAAUAUCUAUGUCCUCUAUGAGUUUAAACACUCAUUCGCCACAACAGCAAUCACAAUCAAAGUUUUUGAAACAUAGUACUAUGGAACGAUAUGGUCGUGAAACACAUGGGAGUAGUUCUUACAGUGUGAAUAGUACAAAUAGUGCUCCUAAUGCAGAAUCUACAGAAUCUCAUCAAGAAAAGCACCAAAGUCGAAAUCCAUCAUUAGUAUCACAGAGUCAAGAUUUAGGCACUGUGAUUAAUCAACCUGUUGUUAUUCUAAGAGAUCCAGCAGCGUUAGAACAAGAAAAGCUUGAACGUGAAGAACAAGAAAGACGUAAAGCUCUACAAUUAAAAACAAUGAUGUUUAUAUAUACAGAUGUGGAUCAAAAAGAAGUUUUCAUCUCUGUCGUGUCGUACCUUCUGUUGUGAUAUGUCUUUGUAAUGCGUUGCAUAGCAUAUCCAUUUUAUUCCAAACCACCGACUGAUUUAAUACGUCGUUAUUUAAAAAUUACUAAGCAACAAUUGAAUACAUUUAAAGAACGUUUUCAGGCAUUUCUUAGUGGGGAAUUAGAUGUUGUCGGUGACGAAGCGUUUACAAAUGCCAUACAAAGUUAUUAUGAAGGAUUUUUACAUAGUGAUCGUGUAGCUAGUAUGGUUCGUGGCGGUGGUUGUUCAAUGCAUGAUUUUCGUGAAGUAUUUCGAUUAAAUAGUGAACACCGUGUACAGUUUUUACCAGAAAUUGAAGGUUUGAAUAAAGCAAAUGUUGUCAGUGCCUGGAUGGUAAAGUUUGAUCAAAUAUGUCGUGGUGGUGCUGGACCAUCUACGGUUUUACAAAAAUUACAAGUUCCUCAACCUGAAUUAGUGAUGACUAAAGAACAAUUGUAUGAGUUGUUUCAAGCUACAUUAGGAGUAAAAAAAUAUGAACAUCAAAUUUUGUACAAUGCACUACAAUUAGACAAUGCUGAUGAACAAGCUGCUCAAGUUCGUCGUGAAUUAGAUGGACAGUUACAAGCAGUUGAAGAGUUGUCUAGAAGUCGCCAAUUUCCUCGAUUAGUUGUAAAAAAUAUGGAAAGUUUAUAUGUAGAUGAAUUGCGUAAAAUGGUUGGUGAAUUAAUGCUUCGAUUAGAGUCUGUUCCAGUGGCAAGAGGUUCUAGUAGCUUUCAAAAAUUUAAAAAAGUUAGCCGCUCACAAAAUUCUGGUACAAAUUCACCUAGUCUUCCUUAUAAAGAACAUAAUGAUGAAAUUAAUGAGUUGAACUUCAAGAACAAAUUGGGUAUUCAAUUAAGUUUUUCAGUUGAGAUUGUUGUUGGUCAAGUGAAAAAUCUGAAACAUCUACCAACCAAUAAAAUGGUUUAUUGUACCAUGGAGGUUGAAGGUGAUGCUCGAUUACAAACUGAUUUAGCUGAAGCUGGGAAACCAGUGUGGGGUACACAGGGUGAUUUUUCAACUAAUCAACCUCUUCCUACAGUCAAGGUAAAAUUGUAUGCCGAAACUUCUGGACUUUUAUCACUUGAUAGCGGCAAAGAGUUGGGUCGCGUUGUCUUAAAUCCUACAUGUACUGGUAAUCGUCAACCAGAAUGGUAUAAAUUACAAACUUCUAAAAAUGUACCGGAUGACUUACAACUACAGCUCACAUUGCGUAUGGAGAAACCAAAUAAUCUAAAACAUUGUGGUUAUUUAUAUGCAUUAGGUCGAACAGCAUUUCGAAAAUGGAUACGACGUUAUAUUUGCUUAAUACAGGUAUCACAGUAUACGUUUAUCAUGGCAUCCUACAAAGAGCGUAAAUCGGAUCCAACAGAGAUUAUGCAAUUGGAAGGAUUCACAGUUGAUUUUUGUGAUUUCCAAACUGAUUUAGCAGCUACUGGCGGAAAAUACUUUUUUAAUUUAGUCAAGGAAGGUGAUAGUGUAAUGUUUGCAACAGAUGAUGAAAAUGAACGUCAACUGUGGAUACAGGCAAUUUAUCGUGCUACUGGUCAAACACAUAAACCAGUACCACCGUCAAAAAAUAUAAGUGGAAGUAACAAUAGUAACUUGCAAAAUGUUAAUCUCAAUCCUGACAAUAAAUCAUCGUCGGCUACCUCAAUACUAACUUCUCGUGGUAAUACUUCCAGCAUAGGAAGUAGAACUCAAGGUGAUGUGGAUCGUGCACGUAAACAUGGUCUUGAUGAAUUUGUCAGUGUUGAACCAUGGAAAGUGAAUCAUGCUGAAUUAUUUGCUUUAUUACAAUCAAAAUCAUUAGAUUAUCGUAUGAAAGAUUCAUAUGUAUCACUUGGUUGGUUUAGUCCAAGUCAAAUGUUUAUAUUAGAUGAAUAUUGUGCACGUUACGGUGUACGUGGUUGUCAUAGACAUUUAUGUUAUUUAAGUGAUUUACUUGAUCGAGCUGAACAAGGCAUAAUUAUAGAUCCAGCUAUUGUUCAUUAUUCAUAUGCAUUUUGUUGUUGUCAUGUAUUCGGUAAUACUCAAGAUACAAAUAUCCGAACUGUUCUAGUUGAUGAACGUCAAAUGUUCAUGGGGAUUCGUCAACGUCUUUAUGCUCUUUUAGAAAAACAAAUUACAGAGUUUCGUUAUUAUUUUCCUUUUGGACGUCCAGAAGGUGCAUUGAAAUUAACUCUGGGAUUGUUAGAAAGAGUCCUUAUGAAAGAUACCGGUGCUCCAGCUUCAGCUGAAGAAGUACGCGAAGUAAUAAGGCGAUGUUUGGAACAAGCUGCUUUGGUAAAUUAUGCUCGUAUAUCUGAAUAUGCAGCAAUUGAAAGCGGUCGUGAUAAAGGUGGUGAAUAUUCACAAACAAGUAGUAAGACUUUGGCUGACCUUAUUCACCUGGGUGAAUUGUGUAUUGAGGUACUACGUCAAAAUGAAGAACAUCAUGCAGAAGCGUUUUCAUGGUUUCAAGAUUUGCUAACUGAACAUGCAGAAUUGUUCUGGAAUUUUUUCUCAGCCGAUAUGGUUGGUGUAUUAGAAACAAUGCCACCCGAUUGUUGGGAUAGUUUUCCGUUAUUUCAACUAUUAAAUGAUUACCUAAGUUCAGAAGUUUCAUUAAAAUCGGGAAAAUUUCAUCAACAACUAACACAAAUAUAUGCACCUUUAGUUGUACGUUAUGUUGAUCUUAUGGAGGCUUCCAUUGCUCAGUCUAUUAAUGGUGGUGUCGACGGACAACUAAACAAUCAAAAUAAUACAAAUAGUUUUGAUUCAUCUAGUACUACCGGUACAACCUCAACCACUACAGGAUUCGCAGCAUCCGCUUUAGAAACUGUUGGUGCUUUAGGCAAUGUAGGCUCAUUAGUUAGUGCAGCUGCGGUUGGUGCAGCCAAUGCAGCGAAUGUUGCAAGUCGCACAGGUGGUUUAAUGGCAGCUGCCACUGCAGCAGCCAGUGCUGCUACACAAGCUGCAACAAAUCCAACAUCUAUUGGUAUGACAAGUUGUAUACCAGUUACUUCAAGCGAAUUAUUAUGGAAGUUAGAAGCAUUGCAAAAUUUUAUUCGAGAACUACACUGGCCUGAUAUAAUAUUUGCUGAACAUAUGGAUAAUCGUUUAAAAAUGAUGGCUGGUGAUAUGAUAGAUGCUGCGGCCCAACGUAAUUUAAAUUGCUUUGAUUCAUGGCUGAAACGUUCAUCGAAAGGCACAGAUUUUAUACUACCUAAUGAAUGCUGUAAUAUGAUCAACACUGUGAUUGAACUAAAAGCAAGUAUAUUGAAAUUAUGUACAAAAGAUACUAAAGGGGAAGAUAUGCAUGAAUAUCAAAAUCAAACAGAAACUAAUUUAGAACGUGUACAGCGAAAAAUGGCAAUAUUAUUAAAUGAUAAAAUGGGUAAAAUAUUGGAAGGAAAUUUAAUAAAACUAGCUCGUUAUGAUGUGAAUACUUUACUUUCAUCAGUACUAUCAUUAACUAAACCUACGGAUGAAAUUGGCAAAGCAUAUGUUGAGUUUCUUCGUGUCAAUUUAGAACAAAUGCGUCAAAAAGUCUCUGAUGAACUGUAUAUUUUAUCAAUUAUGGAAACAUGGUAUAUGACACAAACACGAAUGAUCAAUGAUUGGCUUAUUGAACGUAAAGGAAAUGCUUUAAGUCCUUAUCAAUUCACAUGUCUUUCUACCAUUAUUAAAAAAAUGUAUUCCGAUUUUGAACUUCAAGGUAUAAGCCCAGAUGCAUUGGAUACAAUGGCUUACAAAACAAUUAUGCAAAGACUUCAAAUGGAAGAAACUGCUCAAGCUGUUCGACCUGAUAUAGGAAGUAGUCCAACACGAUCGAUACUUGGCACAAUAACAGGAAGUCUAAGUGGCAUUUCAAAACCUGGAUUCCUUAGUAAAAUGUAACAAUUAUAAGAAACAAAGCACUGUCAACUCGUCCUUCAGUUCACAUACACAUAGAUAGGAGUUUUAUGUUAAUCUUCAAAGAUUGCUGUGAAUUGUUCUUUUCCUGUCUUUUAUUUCCUUAUAUUUUUGCCAACUAUUUAUAGUUAUUUCCAUACAAAAUGAAAAAAUAAACUCGACGUUGAUAAUUUUGUGCCAUUCUAUACAUUGAAUUUCUUUCAUUGAAAAAAAAUCUUUGGAAAACAUUUUAUCUUAAGGAUUUAUUAGAAAAAACAACAAAAAAAAUCAAACUUUUCUAAUUCUUUGAUUAAUCAUCAGUGAACUGCUAAUGUGUACUUGUUUGCUGGGAAACAAAACAACAGUAGGAUUUAAUGGAUUUAGAAUUACUAACAGAACUGUGGAAAGUUUGUGAUGAUUUUAUUAGUAGAGUAAACCAUGGAUUAGACACCUUCACAUUGUGUGCUUCUUUUCCUUAAAAAUAAAUUUUAUCUUUUAAUUCAUUGUUAACUUUAUUUCAAUUACAUGUUCAAACAAUAACAUCAAUACAGGACGUGUACUAUUCUCUUUAUGUGUAUAUGACUCGAAACUAUCUUAAAAAGUGCUUUUAUGAACAGAAUUCUCUGGUAUUCGUGGCUGUGGUAUUGAUAAAGACGACGGCAACAAGAAACAGAUUGCAACACAAAAUACUGCCAACUACCAAUUCAUCUUGUAAAAAUUCAUGCCCUUCCCUCUCUUCUAACAAUAUUCACUGUAGCCUUGUAUAAAGAAUUAUCAGAACAAACAGAAACCAGUUAACAAAAGCGAAACUGGACUUUAUUCGCCCAAUAUUAAAUACAGAUAAUACUUAUUAUUUUCUCUUUGAUGAUUCAGUAUUUUUUGCAAACAUUUCAUUUUUAUUACAAUUCUAUAUUAACAUAAGAAAUACAUUUAUUCUCAUACAGCGCGUGUAAUGAAUCCUUGCAAAUGUAAGAAAAAAUAUAUUUUAUUAUCACUAAAAUGUUAGUUGAUUCAACUAAUUUGAACCCUGCUGAUAUCACAACUCGAUAAUGAUAACAAACUGUAUUACUGAUCAUUAAGUUUCAUUAAUUUCUUUACUAAUAAUAUGCAUUAUAGAAACUAAAAUAAUCAUUUUUUUAUUGUUUGCUCUCUGUAGUUAAAGCAAUCUAUUAUGCUCAAGAACGAGUACUGUUUUAACUAUACAAUCGUUAUUGUUCAUGACAACCUUACUCAUUAUUUGAUUACUCUAAUAUAUCAUCAUACAGAUCAGUUUAUUUUCACUGAUAUGUUCUUUCUCGCUUUGAAUAUACAGUUUCCUUCAUAUUUCAAGAAUACUACUUACUAAUUACUAUCGUAUACAUGCAAUGGUUUUUUUCUAUUAUGGAAAGGGAUCUCAAAGUUAACGAGCAAUAUUGCCAAUAAUGAUUAUCUUUCUAUAACUAGUCUUAUAAUCAUGAUUAAUGGUAAUUUUAUUAAAUUUCUCAACUUUAUAUACAUAUAUAACAUAGAUAGUACAGUUAUUUGGUAAUUUUUUGCUACUGUCACUACUACUCCUUGUAGUGGUAGUAGCAGUAGUUCUACUAGUAUGUAACUGGGACUUCCUUUUUUCUCAUUUUUUUGGAGGUGAAAUAAAAAGAAUACUAUUGUGAUAAUUUUUUGUUGAUUUCUUUCACCAUUUAUCAAUUCUGGGUCUCGAAAGUAGGAAAAGUAGAAUUCUUUUGGUAUACACGCUUCGUAUAUGCCUCCAAGCUAGCUGUCGGAGUGAUACUAUCAAAAAUGAGUAGGAAGCUUUUAUUGGCUAACCCAAUCGAAAAUGCAAGCACAACUUAUUCGCAGAUAUAUAGAUACAUGUUCUUCAGAAAAUUAAAUCGCAUUUCUAACUAACAGUGUAUGUUCGUUUCUGCAGAACGGUUAGCCAAUUCUUGACUAGUAGUGCGCGCCCGUCAACAUUUCUCAC